CUUCCAAGGGACAUGGACGCCAUGGAGAACCCGGUCCUGGAGCCCAGAUCAGAGCGGAUCGCUCGUUACAAGGCCGAGAGGAGGCGAGAACUGGCUGAGCGUUACGGCAAUAUGGAGGAGCUUCCUUCCAAGUGGGUGAGGAGGGAUGGGAAAGAGGCGCAGGACCCGGCGAGCCAAGCCCACAGAGGGACACUGAACUCGGAUGGUCUGAGUGAAAGAGUUAAUGGCAGAACGCGAGGGGUUACAAAUGGACUGGAGGCAGACACUCCUGCAGAGUCCAGCUACCUGGGAAGGCAGGGUUCCCAGGACUCUGCCAGCAUGCUGAGUGGGGAGGGGCACCUCGUCCCUGGUGGACUCGAUGUCCCACAGCUCCACACUCGGGUGUCGGUAGGCCAGUUGAGAAGUGCCCUCCUGCAACAGACGGGGAGCGGAGCGCAGCCUGAGAAAGUCUGCCCCGAUGCUGGGCGAGCCACGUCCUCUCUGGACCUGGCUGUGAAGCCAGGCACGGAGGGGGGCCGGCGACGUGCCCGCCGUUACCUCCCCGGUGGGUCAGGUGGCGGUCGCAAGACUAGCGAACGCUUCAGGACACAGCCGAUCACAGCCAAUGAGAUGGAGGAGAGCAGCGGGCUGUUGGAUGCAGAGGAAGAGGAGAACUGUAAAGCUGAUGUGAAAACAGACGACAGAGCCAAAAUGAGCGUGGCGGCCAAGAUGUCUUUGUUUAAAGAGCUGGAGAAGUCUGCAGCCCCCGAGGCCUCGGCCUUCCUGAAGCCUCGAUCGGGCAGCGUCUGUCAUGAACGCAGGGUGCGACGUGGCAACGACCAUCGCUUCCUUACUCAGCCAAUCACCUGUGAGGAAAUGGUGGCGAUCAGCGCCCCCAAACCAGCACUUCCAGUGGAGUCUCAGAGCGUGCAGGAUGAGUCCGUGGAGGACGGUGACGAGAGCUGCAGGCUGAGCAUGAGUGAGAAGCUGGCCCUCUUCAACAAACUGUCCCUGCCGGGGAUGCAAGAAACCGGACAUCCCGACGCACCCCCAGAGAGGCGAAGGCAGAAGGGGGCUCGGUACCGCACACAGCCCAUCACUGUGGAGGAGGUCAGCCUGCUCCAGAAAGGCCCCGUACAGCUUCCUGCCUUCAGUUUGUCCCCUCAUCUGUCCGACAGACAGCAGGCCUCGUCUGUCAACCUAAAACCCAGUGAGGUACGUCUUUCGCAGCCAAGACCGGACACAGAGCCCAGUCCUGGCCAGCAGGGCCUGCAGCGCUACGACUCUGAGCCCGGCUUGAGAGGCAUCCUGAAGAAGAGCCGCUCCGGAGGCUCAGAGUGGAGCAGGAUGGAGGGCGGUCAGACGGACGCACCGCACAGCCAUGAACACAACGGCGGAGGUUGUGGAGAAGGAGCAGUGAUACAGGAGAGGACGGAGGGGACAGAGAGGCAGGAAAUUGCUGCACCGCCGCGGAGAGAGAGACGUGAGGCUUCGAGCGUGGAGGGAGGCUCUGUGACUGCUGCUCCAUGGAGGCAGAGGGCUCGAAACAGGAGGGAAACCAUCGCCUGUACUCCAAUAAGAGCCUCGUCAGAGCAGGACGCUGCUCAGGAGGAGAGGCCGGUCUCCUCUGUGGAGUGCAGCUCAGACACAAACAGAAGAGUCCUGAGACAGGAUGAGAAAGAGACUGCGAGGAAGAUCACUAAAGAAACCACAGCCACAGGACAUGUUCAGGUUACUCUGGCAGAUGGCACCUCUACACUGCAGGAGACGACCCACAGCAGCAGUAGUAAGGAAGAGACAGAAAACCUUCACGCUGAAAGUGUUAAUCCUCAGUGCUGGGAACCCGUCUUUGCCUCUGUCUAUUCUAGCAGUACGCCCCAAUAUAUCAUGUGUUUCAAUCAGACAAAUCAGUCCUUUGAGGCACAAGAAGUCUCCUCUCCCACAAAGAACCCGAGUCAGCCUCAGUGGAGACAGAAGGGUAGGGGAGUUGAGGAUGAGCUGUUUCAGACGGACAGAGGCGAGGAGACGGACGCACAGCAGCAGGAGAGUGGACACAUGACCACGAGAGAGACCUGCCUGCAGCCUGUGAUGGAGGUUGAAGCUCCACAGGAGAUGAAAGAGGAGACGCCUGUGGACGAAUCCAGCGCGUUCGAUGGAGGUUUCUACAGGGAUCACUCGCCGCCCUCCGCCUGCGCCCCACCACCCUGUGGAGGGGUUGCUGCCACAGAGAGUGAGCAGGACCUGGGUGUCCUCUGCCAGACCAACACACCCAUACUGACCUCAGCUGUGGCAGAACACAGGCGGUCGGUGCGUCCGUCCCGUCGGACUCAGGGCUCCAGGAACCCUCUGAGGGCUCUCGCUGCCAGAGAGGACAUCAGGCAGGACUACAUGGGCGAGAGAGUCAACACAGCUGCUGAGGAGAGGAUCCAGGCAGAGAAGAAGUCUAAGAAUUCAGAUUCACAUCCCAGAUCAGAAGACUUCAUCCUCUCCUCAGACACUGUGACCACCAAGACUUAUCCUCCCUUCAGCAGCCUGAUGCUCAUUCACAUCAAAGGCAGGCGGCAUGUCCAGGUGCGUCUGGUGGAGCCCUCAGUGCGGUCGCUGAACAGUGGAGACUGCUUCCUGCUGGUCACACCGGAGCACUGCAUCUUGUGGAGCGGAGAGUUUGCUAACGAACAGGAGAAAGCCAAGGCCUCGGAGCUGGCAUCAAUCAUCCAGAGUCAGAGGGACCUCGGCUGUCAGGCCUCCCAGGUCGUCCACCUGGAGGAGGGGCUGAACUCUGACGGCAGCGUGGCUGCAGACUUCUGGAACCUUCUAGGAGGAAGGACACAAUACAGAGGAGCUGGUGCUCCAGAGGAGGAUGAGUUCUAUGAACACGGUGUGGUGGAGUCCAACUGUGUGUACAGGCUGGUGGAGAACAGGCUGGUGCCUCAUGAACAAGCCUGGGCCUCCAUCCCCACCAUCUCCCUGCUGAGCGCCACUGAGGCUCUGGUGUUUGAUUUCGGCAGUGAGGUGUACCUGUGGCAUGGACAGGAUGUUUCCCUCGGCAGGAGGAGCGUUGCUCUCCAGCUGACUCACCAGGUGUGGGUCGGAGCUUAUGACUACAGCAACUGUCGAGUCAACCCACUGGAUCCCACGCAGUGUAACCCCAGCAUACAGCUGAGGGGAGUGGGUCGUCCCAGCUGGGCGCUGUUCGGCGUCCUCUCAGAGCACAACGAAACGGCUCUGUUCAGAGAGAAGUUUAAGGACUGGACGAGCGGGAGCGAAGGCGGGGAGGACGCUGCUGCAGAGAGCAAGGAGACAGAGUCUGUCCCAGUUCAAGCUUCCCAGUCCGUCUCCCCAGCGUCAGACCUCUUGGGCCCCUGCGAUGCCAAGUCUCUGGUGUCGGGCCAGUCGCUGGAAGGAGACGGUCUGGUCCACAACGUGCUGGGCGGGGUCGAUGUCCAGAGGGGUCACGGCGUCAUCACGCUGGAGGAAGGACGUCAGAUGAAGCUCAACACGGUCGCAGUCGACACCUGGCACGUCCAGGAGUUUGACGACAGUGAAAUUCCCGUGGAGAGCACGGGACAGCUUCACGAGGGCGACUCCUACGUCAUCCGCUGGACGUACAGCAUCAGCACUGUUGAUAAGAUAAACAGUUCCGAUGAGUGUAGACAAAAAGAAAACACUGCCUUCUUCCUGUGGCGGGGCCGUCACUCCAGCGUCAGUGGACGUGACACUGCUGCCUUCCUGUCUAUUGGGAUGAACAUCCAGGAAGAAUCACAGGUGGUUGUUCCUCAGGGAAAAGAACCUCCCUGUUUCCUGCAGCUUUUCCAGGGAGGCCUGGUCAUUCAUAAGGGCAAGCGAGAGGAGACCUCCACAAAUACAGAGUGGCGUCUGUUCAGUGUGCGAGGGGAGCUCCCAGAGGAGGCAUCUCUGUUAGAGGUGGAUUGCUGCUGUGCAGGUCUGCGCUCCAGGGGCUCUGUUGUCCUGCUGAACAGCCAGCAGGGGGUGCUGUACCUCUGGACUGGCUGCAAAGCCCAGGCCAGCACCAGAGAGGUUAGCAAGAGGGUAGUGGAGCGUCUCACUCAAAUGUCUCCACCAGAACUGGGUCUCAGCAAAAGCAGUCCUGUGAAGGUGCAGGCGGUAGACGAAGGUUCAGAGCCUGCAGACUUCUGGACAGCACUAGGACAGAUGGAUAGGAAGGCUUAUGACUGCAUGCUGCAGGAUCCAGGAAAGUAUAACUUCACACCUCGUCUCUUCCAUCUGAGCGCCUCCUCUGGGAGCUUCCGGGGCGAAGAGCUGCAGAGUCCAAGCCGGCUGCCGGGGCUCGUGAUGGCUAUGCCGUUUGUCCAGGAGAGCCUGUACUCUGUACCGCAGCCAGCCUUGUUCCUGCUCGACAACCGUCUGGAGGUCUACCUGUGGCAGAGGGGUCAGCCUGAGCAGACAGAGAGCUCAGCCUCGGCCUGGAGCCGCUGGCACAAUGAGAGGAGAUGUGCCAUGGAAACAGCGCUGCAGUACUGCAAAGAGAUGAACCCAAGACGCCCGCCUCAGGCUUACCUCAUCUUUGAGGGGUGUGAACCUCUCACCUUCACUAAUGUCUUCCCCCGCUGGGAGAGGAGCCUGGGACCCCCCACACAGGGUGACACAGGGAGGGUAAAGCUGACCUUGGUGCAGGACGCCCUGGCCCAGCUCAUGAAGACCCAGUACCCUCUGGAGGAGCUGCUGCGGAGCCCCUUACCUGAAGGCGUGGACCCCCAGCACCUGGAGGUCUACCUGUCUGACCAGGACUUCCAGACUAUUUUGGAAAUGAAGAGAGAUGAAUACGCCUCCCUCCCGAGCUGGAAGCAAACUGAUCUGAAGAAAAGCAAAGGGUUGCUUUGCUAGACAGUGAGAACAUGUGGAGGCUGACUGAUGCUCCUGCAGCAGGGACUUCCUCCUCCAUCAUGAAAGGAAGAUUACAGGGGGGGAUAUUACCACCAUGUUGUUGCACAAAGGACUACACACAGCAUAAUAAAAAGAAGAAAAAAUUCACUUUUAUUUAUGUCGAAUUAGUACGAGUGUGUGGACAUUUUAUCGGACAUGGAUUUCUCUCUGUAGCUAUCGUCCAGAGCAAAACAAAACAAAACAAAAAAAAAAACCAACCACAUUUUCCUAUGAAACUUCAUUUUAUCUGUACAAAUCAAUGAAAGAUAAAAAGAAAAAAAGGUGUGUGGGAGUACAAGGACAUCAGUAACAAACUGUGGGAUAGGGAUGAGAAAACAAAGGAGUGCUUACAAAAACAGAUCAAUGCUAAUAAACAAUGUAAACAAGAAAAAAAUAAAAUAAAAAGCUAACCACUUUC